GAAUCUGUCUGUACAUAAAUAUUGAGAAGCUGUCAAUGGCUUCCCGUUUCCCUCCUCAACAAUAAAAUAUCCUUCUCUCGAAAGAAUCACUAGAACCCCAGUCCCUGUGCCCAAGUCAAACCUUUUUGUUCCACUCUGCUCUGGUCUGACCUUUUGAUUGAGAUGGCGCACAAAUCCCUCAAAUCCACCUGCCAUUGUGGUGCCAUCACCGUGAUCGUGCCUCAUCAACCAGAGGAAAUCAAUGAAUGUCAAUGUACAAUCUGCCGGCGCUACGCAGCCGCUUGGGCGUACUACAAAGUCAAUGAAAUCAAAUUUAACAUGAAAGAAGGGGCCAAACUCUCUCAGUACGUUUGGGGAGAUAAAGAGAAGUCAUUCAAUUUCUGUGAGAACUGCGGAUGCAUAUGCUAUUGGUGGCCAUUUGAAAAAAAGAAGGCAGACGGUAGUGCAGCUGACUUCGGCGUUAAUACGAGGAAUAUGGAUCCCAUGGAAAUCUUGCACGUCAACCGCAAGAUUGAAAACGCCUGGGUGUUCCAGCCAAUCAACAACAAAACCAUGGCGCAUGAACAGGAUCAGGCCAAGUACUGAACUAUUGGUGUAGAAGUUAUUGAAAAUUUAAUGGAAAGGAUGUGUCUUCAAGUCGGAAAUAGUGACUUUUGCUCUCUAGCCUUGUCCAGAGCUGCAUUUCGCUUUGCAUAAGCCAGUGUCCUUGUUGUAUAGACACACAAAUUCGGUUAGAAGUCUAAACCAUUAAUGUGAACGCACAAUCAGC